AUUCGAGCCCACGCAGCUUCCUUUGGCGAUGACUGAACCACCGUGAACAGCCAUUGCUGUGCCCUUAAAUCAAACCGGCGCGAGAACUUGUAUUACCAAGCCCUCCUACCAUCCUGUGGUAGCCAAGGAAAGAUUAUCUGCCGCUGGCCGGCCUCUCCUGCCAGCGUAGUUAAGCCAACAGCUAGCUAGCCACCACCACCAUGGAAACGGGGCAGCCGAUGAGGUUAUACUGCCGGACGGACACGGACUUGAACGCCGCCGCCCGUGAUGGAAGGGUGCUUCUCGUCACCGCCGACCCCAACGACGAAUCACAGCACUGGUUCCAGUACUACGACAUCGUCGGGAAGCUGACUGAUGACCAAGGCCGCAGGGCAUUCGCACUCGUGAAUCGAGCCACAGGACAAGCCAUGGUGAACAAAACCUCGAAUGUGUGCCUGGUUGACUACAGCGACCAACGCGUGGAGAUCUCGAUGAUGUGGUCGAUGGGCGUAAAACUCCCCAAUGGCUUUAGCGAAGUAAGAAUGCUCACGGACACGUCCUGCACUCUCAAUGUCGUCAAUGGAUGGGUCCAGGAAGACGCGCUCAUCGGGUUGUAUAGUCCCGAACCACAUAAUGAUCAUGCCAUCUGGCGGAUUGUUCCCAUCAACGGGGAGUGAUUUAUACGUGUAAUUCUUGUGUUAAACGUUUUAUUUUUGUCAAUAAUGAAGGGAUCAAGGUGGUCGCUAAAUUUGUAGCACCCUGGUAUA